AUGGCGACCCUGACCAAUAUUCUCAAGAAAGCCCAGGAGCAUGCCGACGCCGCCUCGUUCCCCUCUGCGAGGCUGUUUGGCGAUAUGCAGCCGCUGUCCUUCCAGGUUAAUACAGCUUGCAACACUGCCAGAAAAGCUGUCCGACAUCUGACCUGUGUGGAGUUCGAGGGUUGGGAAGAUAGGGACAAAACGCUGGACUGGCUGAUCGCUCGAUGCGAGAAUACGGCCGUCCAGCUUAGGUGUAUCGAUUCUAAGCAGGUGGAGGGCAAAGAGGCUGUGAUGGUGGAGUUGAGUUUUGGGUCAGCGGGAACGAAGCACCUGACGGGCAAGGAUUACGUCUUGACCUACGUUCUGCCAAACUUCUUCUUUCAUCUCCAGUCGGCGUAUGCCAUUCUGCGUAUGAAUGGGUGUUCCUCUAGGAAAGGCAGACUACUUGGGGCCGUUUAUGUCCCUGGAAGCUUGAAUAGUACAAUUGGCUAG